CACAUCGGGCGAACAUUGCACGUGCGUCAAACCUGCAAGCUGACGGUUUCAAGCUCCAUGGCUGGUACCUGGACAGUGGCUGCACACAGCACAUGACGAACAGGUCAAACUGGUUGAAGAAUGUGAGGGAGUCGAAUGAGAAGUUCAUACUGCUGGAGAUAGCACAAAGUUACCCGUCACUGGAGAAGGUGACGUCCUACUGCGUAGCAGGUUCGGGGAACUGAAGCUGAAAGGAGUACUGCUGGUGAAGGACCUAUCCAUGAAUCUGAUUAGCCAGUCACAGAUGGAUGCAUUGGGAUGUAAGGUGCUCAACAACCGGGGCAAGGUUACAGUAUUUGGUCCAACGUGGGAAGUAGUUGCAGACGGGAAGCUGAAGCGGGGUUUCUACGAGAUGGAUUUUAUGCCGAAGCUGUUAGUAACGGAUGGGUAUGAGGAGGACAACAUAAGCAACGAAGCUGUGGUUGUACGGGAGGACACAGGAGCUGAGGCAGCUAAGAAACAGGAUGGGAGGAGAAACAGAAACAGGCAGCAGCAAAGACAAGGAAAGAGGAGAUAGAGCAGUCUGAGGAACCCGAGGGAAAGAAGCAGACAGUAACGACUAUCAAUUGGUUUGGUAAGAUUUUGGAGGUCAGUAAGGAAGGAUGGAUAGUACGGGCUAGCGACGAGUUGUUCAGUGAUUGUGAGGGUAUCCUAGAAUGGGCAAGUGAGAUUGGAGACUCUACUGAGGGCGAGGAGUACAGUAAGGAGAAGAAGCAGACCAAUCCUCAUCUGAGGGUUCAGAGUUAUCCAUUCAAGCCUGGUAAGCAGAAGCAGAAAGCCAAGCAGUUGCAGGGGAGUAUGGAGCUGACUUAGAGUGCGAGGAUGGAGAAUGCAGGGGAGCACUAGAAGAGACAAUCACAUGGAAGGUGCGUGGUUGGCAGAACCACAGGGGAGGUUGUUGGAGUGGUUCCGCCACCCACAACGGACUACUCGUGACUUGGGGUGACGAGGAGAGAAAUGCGGACUUGGACGAGAAGGUACUAGGAAGCGGGUAUUGCGUGAGCGUGAGGUGUACGGAAAGGGGAGAAGAAAGAGAGAAGAUUGGUGGAAAAUUGACGUGGGGCAAAAGUUGGGUUUCAGACGGGGCGUGUUCAACAAGCAUUCGGACUUCGGGCCAGUGGCGUGUUCAGCAAGAAAGUCGCGAUUGCGUG